GUCGAAUUUCUUGGUGCAUCCUGCCCUCUUAAUUGUCCCACUCAUCGCAAGAACAUGAUUGCGAUACAAACUGCAACAGCAGUUCCCAAUCCUAUCUCACUACCCUCAAAUGCUCCGGAGCAUUGUCCCGGAACCGAAUCUGAACUCGCAGGGAAAGUAGAUGCCUGUGCAGGCUGUGCCAACCAAGACAUAUGCGCAUCAAGUGAACCUAAAGGUCCAGAUCCUGCUUUGCCGCUGAUAAAGCAGCGAAUGGCGAACGUUAAACGGAAAAUCCUCGUCUUGUCUGGAAAAGGGGGCGUAGGGAAAUCUACUUUUACUGCCCAGCUUGCGUGGGCAUUCGCUUCGGAUGACGAUACACAGACAGGCAUUAUGGACGUAGACAUCUGUGGUCCUUCCAUCCCUACUAUUCUCGGUAUUGCUUCAGAGCAAGUACACGCUUCUUCCUCUGGCUGGUCCCCGGUAUAUGUUCAAGAUAACUUGGGCGUUAUGUCUGUUGGUUUUAUGCUCCCAUCAUCCAAAGAUGCCGUAAUGUGGCGAGGUCCAAAAAAGAACGGACUUAUAUCCCAAUUCCUUAAAGACGUUGACUGGGGAGAUCUUGACUACCUUGUGGUGGACACGCCACCAGGAACAUCUGACGAGCACCUCAGUGUCGUCCAGUACCUAAAGGAAAGCGGUAUAGACGGCGCUGUGCUAGUUACGACACCGCAAGAAGUUGCUCUGCAGGACGUCCGACGGGAAAUCGACUUUUGCCGCAAAGUCGGAGUUAGGAUGCUGGGUAUCGUGGAGAACAUGGCAGGAUUUGUGUGUCCAAAGUGUAAUGGAGAGUCGCAAAUCUUUAAACCAACUACGGGUGGUGCAAAGAGGCUGGCGGAGGAAACGGGGUUGGAGCUUUUGGGUUCCGUUCCACUGGAUCCGCGGAUAGGAAAGAGCGCAGACCAUGGGUUAAGCUUCAUCGACGAAUACCCAGAUAGUCCUGCGACGACGGCCUACCUCGAUAUUAUAGAUCGCAUCAAGGAUAUUUUGGGAGAUGCAUAGGUGAAAUGGCGUUCGCGUGGCUCGCGGCCUUCCUCAGUCCUCGACUUUUAGAAUAUGGAUGUCCGAGAACAGUAUGAGGGCCGUCUCGAAUAAAGAGCAAGACAUGUAAUGAUUAUUUGAAUCGAUCUCUCUACGCGGUGAAGGAAACCAUUGAGAAGAUACUGAUUUCAGGUAGACCUGUGACUAGUCCCCUUCGUGAAAAAUUUGCGCUUCGAGUUUUCAUUUCCCAAGCAGGCUAACGGUUCGGUCUCCCGGCAAAGGACGGUGAUUACCCUGCUUCACCGAUCAUUUCAGGGACCGCGGUACAACAUCGAGUCUGCGUCAGACUCAGAGAUGCCCAGGUGGGCUGGAGCUUGCAACCCAGAUCUGUCCAAGUCAAGCAGAAAGAGAACCAUCCAUCCAGGGAGUCC